AUGGGCAAAAAUCUAAUGGGUGUUCGUCAUCAGCUCUUAAUUGAUCCUGCAUUGAAGCAAUACGUCCGCGAAACGCACCACCGACUAGAUGGGACAUUUAUUUUCUGUGCGUUCCAUACGCAGCUUGUGUACCUUACGUCUCUUGAUGCUAUCGAGGUUGAUAUGUCUUAUAAACGUGUGAAGGGGGUGAUGAACGAGGUGAUUUUUGCCACUAUGCUACCAGAACAUAGAAAGAUUUUUACGCUCUGCCGUGUCUUCACUGACAAAGAAAACCCAACGGCAUAUAAGUUUAUCUUCCAAAGAGUGUUCGAGCUCGUGUCGCAGGCAAUUCAAAAGCCAAUUAGGUUCGAGUCUAUUCAUAGUGAAGGUAUAAAGGCUAUCGUUGGUGAUAUAUAUCCGAAUCAAAUGUGCGGCGCGGUGAUCAAGUCGCGGUUUAUUGAUCAGCGAGAUAUUGACCAAUUCGCUAUCCGAGAGAGAUUCGGCAUCCAUCAUGGCUAUCACGCUAAUAAUAUGGAGACUCAGUGGAAGAAUAACAUACAACGCGAAGAAAGAAAGCGCUUAAAAGCUGAAACGGAGCAAAAAGAACGAGAAAGAGUGCUCCAAGACCAAAAAGACCAAGAAGAUGUUGACUACCAGAUCCUCUUCGAUGCCUCAUCUUCAGGAUUUGUAAAGCCUAGGGCAAAAACACCAAAGCCGUUCAGCCCGAGGUUAUCUCGCUCUCUUAGUCGUUCACGAACACCGGCAAGCCCUGAGCCUAACAGUAUCGGCCUCUGUCGUACUGCUACAGCAAACGCGCUAUAUGAAGACCACAGUAAUGAGCUUAGGAGUCUUGAGCUUCAGCGACGACGUCAGGAGAUAGAGGAUGAGAGAGAGGAACGACGUUUAAAGAGAAGAAAGAUAGAUUUGGAAAAUCAGAAGCUCGAAGAAGAGCUUGCAAUUAUUAGACAGGGGAGAACUAGUCCCUAA